AUGCAAAGGACGUGGAAGUUGACGGUCGAGUGGAGAUCUUUCAUCACUGAUGGGCUCAAACACAUCAACUUCCCAGGAGUGUAUGGCGAGGCUUGGUCGUCAUGGAUUUGGAUCGACACGGGCUCUGAGGAUCUGGCUGAGGCUAUUGUGGGGGAGUGCAAGGCAGCUGGUGUACCGAUUCGUUGGGGGAAAUUUGGAUACUGCAUGCCUACCUAUGUCCGUUUGGGUGUACGUAAACCCUCCAGUGCGAAGGUCCUUAUAAACACCAUCGACAGGGUCGUCGAGGAACAUCGAUGUGCAUCUCAAUAG